CUAUCGUCCUCAGCACAGAUAAAUUAUUAGCAAAAUUAUCGGUUCACCUUGACGGUCUAUCUGUUAUUACCACUAGACAAUGUUUAUAAACACUGACUUAUUAUUUAUCGAAUAUUAAAAAAAUACCACAAAGAAACAGUAAACUAUCAGUGCGAGAAGCGAAAGACAACUUCAAUCGUAUUCUUAAAUUUCUAAACUAUCCAGCUGGGAAACGACGAAGUGAAAAUCCGAGGCUAAAUGGAAAACGUGCACAUGUCUUCGUCGGAACUUUCAACGAAUUCGAGCAACAGCGAAACUGUGCAGACUCUUGUCAAUCAGUGCAAAGAGUCAUCCGAUGACGAGUGUAGAGAAAAGAAUAAAACAGAGUUCGAAUUCAGCUUAGAUCUCAGAAAUAUAUUAAAUUAUGAAUGUGCAACCGAGAUUAAGGAUAAUGAGAAUUCGUUAGAAAAGCUCUCGGCUGUUCUGGAACAACCGGAAGAUUCACCUGAGCAUGCACAGUCAGCACGGGAGGACCGUGAGGAUAAACAAUUAAAUUACAUUCUUCAAGAACGCAUACAAUCACUUCGAGAUAUCAUGAGAAACUUGAAGGAGGAACUUAAAAACGAAAUCGAGCUUUGGCGGAAAGAAAACGAAGAGUUACAAAUUUGGCGCGAAAGAAAUGACUCGUUAGCCCUGGAAGAAGCGACUGCUGUUGCGCGUGCAGCUACUGCAGCCUAUGCAGCCGAAGCGCCUUUGUCCAAUUCUUUGGAUGUUAUCUCUGAAGACACGUUUAGGGAACUCACGAUACUCGAGUACGAGAAAAAAUUGGCUAAAUAUCAGGACGAGUACUCGUUCAGCCAAGCAGAAAAGCGUUAUAACACUCGAUGGAAAAUGAUAGCAAACGCGUAUAAGCAGAAACUGAUGGAGGUGGAACGACUUUGCAACGAGGAGUUAGAGAAAGUUAAACAAAACGCGAACGAAUUACAACCGCUCAAGGAAAUAGUGUCGCAAUGGUACCUCGAUGAGGAAAAUCGCGGUGAUUCGAUUAAGAGAAGAUCGAUGCGGAAGUCAAUAUGACGCCAGAAAUAUUUGUUGCCCGAUUCAAAUCCGAAAACUUGACAAAAAAAGACACAUUUUAUGGACAGGCUUAACUCUUUAUUAUAAUA